AAGAAAGGAAGGAAACGAAAAAAAAGGCGAGCUCUUUUUUUAAUUAACACUGAAAAUCGCUCUCCUUUUCGUUAUUCUUGUUGGCUCCUUCCUCCUUCGUAAAUCCAAAAAUAUUCGAGAAAUCUCUCUCUCUCUCUCUCUCUCUCUCUCUCUGAACUCGGAUCUCCGUUUCGGCCUAUGGUGCUUUAAUGGAGGCUUGCCAGAUUUGCACCCAAAGGACGAGGAAAGGGGACGUGGUCGGCUGGUGCUGAGGUGGUGGUGGUGGUGGUGGACCCCUAGAAAUCUCUGCCGUUGUUCCUACGGAUUCGCGUGGGAGGAGGGGGACAAGCGAUCUGACCGCAAGGAUGCAGGCCAAUGGAGUGGAGGCCUCGUGCAUCGAUCACAAGCCGCCGCCGGCCGACACCAGGGGGAAGCACCGGAUCUUAGCCGAGCUGAAGCGAUUGGAUCAGGAAGCGCGGUUCCUAGAGGAGGAGUUAGAAGAGCUUGAGAAAACAGAAAGAGUAUCAGCUACAUUGCAAGAAUUGCUGCUUGAAGUGGAAAGCAGGCCAGAUCCUCUGCUCCCAGAAACAAAUGGACCUGCAAACUCAUCUUGGGACCGGUGGUUUGAAGGACCUCAAGAUCUCCAUGGCUGCAAAUGCUUGAUACUGUGAUUCUAAUUGAAGGAGAGAUGCAAUGAUACUUAUUUUUGACUUUUUGUUUAGUAGAUAUUGUUUCAGACUAUUUGUCAGGAUGGUUUUGAACAGAAGAUGUGUUGGAAGAGAAUUUGUUUUUGAUGAAACACUGCAAAUUCUUUUGAA